CAAAACUCUUAAUCUCUCUAUCUCUGUAUCUCCAUUGCACUGCUCUGCUUUUAUGGCUUUAGAUCAAAGCACGAAUCCACCUAUCAUGGAGUCAAAGACAAGACAUCCUCUUCACCAGAUCGCUGACACGCCAACACACAAGCUUCUCCUGAAACAAUGGCUCAAAGAAGAAGAGCUCAUACUCAGCCGCGUCUCUCACAAAGAAUCACAGAUCGAUUCCGUUCGACGAGAGAUCACUCAGCUCUACAUCUUCUUCUUCCUAUUCCACUCCAUUUCUCUGCUACUCCUCUUCCACGCUUCUUCUUCUUCUUCGUCUGCUAAUGCUGCUUCCUCCGCCUGUAAGAGAUCAUGGAUCCCUUCUCUUUGCGCUCUCCUGUCUUCGUUAGGGAUCAUUUGGGCCGUACGGUACAAAUCGGAAGUGGAAUCGCAUCUUGAGAAGUUAUUGGAGAGGGAGAAAGAAGACGCGAAGCUGUUGCGGAAAUGCGUUGAAGAGUUGAAGAAGAAAGGGGUCGAAUUUGAUUUGCUCAAGGAAGUGGACGCUCUUCGCAGAGCAAAGAGCUUGAGAGUUGAGUCCAAGGCUGCAGUGAGGAAAUGGUCUGCGAGGGAUUUCGUGACGCUCUUCUUCUUCUCUGUUUCGUGUUUGGUUCUCGCUAUGAUUAGGCUUAUUCUCUGCGAUUAGAUUGUUUAUCUUGCUUUCCCUUUUCUUUGUUAUACUUUUGCUUAUGAUUCAGCAGAAUUCUCUUGUUUCUGCAAUUGUAGUUUUUCGUUUUUUUUUACGUUUCUCUUGAGAUAAUAAAGAAGAAAACACAUGUUUGAUC